AUGUACUGGUUUACUAAAGAUCAGGAUGGAGAACCAGUAAGACAGAGGACAGACCCACAGUACACAGGUCGUGUGUCAGGCGGUGGUGUUCCUGGGCGUGACACUUUGAGAAUCAGAGACCUGAGAGAGAGCGACUCAGCUGUGUACUACUUCAGAUUGGAGACAGAACAGCCAGGUGGAAUAUACACCAGUGAUCCUGGAGUCUUUUUGUCUGUCACAGGUGUCUGGGGUUCAUCAUGCAACAGAGUGUCAUACACUGACAGAAGAAUCUGUGCUCCCAAAGGCUCAUCAGUGAAUAUUUCUUCUAACUACAACAGUUAUGAGAAUAUCACUUCCAAAUUCUGGUUCAGUCCUGCACUUAGACACCAUUGGAAAAAUCCCAUACUACCUGGGGACCUAAGUGAAGACUCCCAGUUUCCAGAUCGUGUUCAGGUCUUUGAAACAGAGAGAGGUCGCUCCACUUUAAGAAUCACUGAUCUGAGAGAGAGUGACUCAGCAGAUUACCGUUUCAAAUUCAAGACACAGAGUUUUGAAUGGACAAGCAGUCUACCUGCCACAACGCUGACUGUCACAGCUUUACAGGUGAGGGUGAGAAGAAAAUUAGCCAACCAGUCUUCUACCUAUGCAGACCUGGUGUGUCUCAGCAGCAGCUGCACCCCAGCUCGUGGUUUGUCCUUCAUCUGGUUCAGGAACGGAGAGACAAAUAGUUCCUGGCCAGAGACGUUUUUCUAUAAAGGCUGGAUUUCUCUUGAAGAAGAAAUCUCCUGUGCUGUCAGAGGACAUGAACAGUUUCCCUCUCCACCAGUCUAUGCUCCAAAGGUUCCCUCAGUGCUGGUGACUUCCUCUGGUGAGAUUCUGGAGAAUAGUUCAGUGACUCUGACCUGUAGCAGUGAUGCUAACCCAGAGGCUAACUACGCCUGGUACAAGAAAAAUGGAGAUCAAGACGUCCAGCCACUCAGUAACACGUCACAACUUGUCUUCAGCUCCUUCCAGUCCUCUGACUCUGGAGAGUAUUACUGUGUAGCUGAGAACGUCCUCGGGAAGAGAACAUCCAAGCUCCUCUUUGUUGAUAUGAAGUAUAAAUCAAUGAUGGUAAUAAAUGCCAUCAGGUUGGCUCUAAUGGCUGUGAUCCCGAUUCCUCUACUCCUUUUUAGUCUGUGGAUGAGUCAUUGCAGAAAAAAGACGACUCUGAGCUCCACCCCUGAACCAAACGAACCUGAAGGAACUGCAGAGGUCAGAGAGAUAUUGGGCCACACUUACAAUCACUUGAUGUUAUAA